UCUCUGUCCGUGUGUCUCUCUACUGAUACAUAUAUCUUCGCCUCCAUCGACUCCGCUGGCACGACGGCGAGCGGUACCGCUUUCAAGGAUUAUAGAGCUGAUUUUUCUCUUCCUCUAUUUCUCAUCUCCUUAUGCUGCUCCUUCGCUGCCUUGGUUGAUUUACAUCUGCCUACUCCACCCUAAAUUACUCAGUCUCUGGACACUCUCUCUUUACACUGGUUCACUAAGUUGAGAAAGCCGCUGUCUUUCUCAAUUUAAUCACGUCCAACUACACAAAUGUUUAAUUAGCCAUCCUGUUAUGAGUUCCCAACAAAACCAGUUCGAUUUGGGUGAUUUGAUGGCUGCAUUGCGGUUUCCGGUAUCAUCGAUAUUGUUCAACCACUUGGAGGGACUCGCCUCGAGCGGGAACCACGUGAAUGGCGAUGAUAUGAGGAUUAUGAGCAGCAGCAACAGCCUUAAUAAUAGUAGUAAUAUUCGGGACUUUCCGGAGUCUGCUAGCAGUAGCUACGCUGCAGCAGCUAUUACCACCUCUUCUAGCAUGGCGUACUUGCCACGAACUUUAGUGUUGUGUGAGCUCCGGCAUGAUGGGUUUGAAGAAAUGGUGUCCUCUGGUCCGUCUAACAGUGGACUGAUCGCUAAAUGGUGGCCACGGGAUCGAAUGAAAACGGUAUGUGUUGCUCUUGUUUUGUGCUUAAACAAUAGCAUUGAUCUACCCAAUAUAAUAAAGAUAUCACCAUUUGCCCGAAUGGAGUGCUGGAUUGGUACACAAUCUCAUCCUAUUUUUCUUUUAGUGAUACUAAUUGGUCGUUGAAAAAGCACUUGAAUGUUUUAGUCCUAUUUGCUUCAUUCUGCUUUUGCAAUUUAUGCAUUAUAUUUCCAAAAAAAGUAAUCUGAUCUAGUUUAUUUUUAUUUUAUUAUAUUUGUCGUCAAAAUCCUGACAAAAAGUGGUUUUUAUUCCUCAUUCUCUACUUGUAAUGCAUGAACAUUUAUAGAUGCACUUGUACAUGGAAUUUCAGUUGAAACAAUAAAUGAUAGCGCUAAUGCAUGUCAUCAAUUCAUGAUCCAUACUACAAAAGUGAUCUGUAGUGUCCCGACUUCCGACUCCCAAUCAAUUACCAGAAAAAUGAAAUCGCUUUGAAAACAUUAAUGGAUCUCUUUUGGUAGAGUGAUGCACGACGAAAAAUCAGGCUUGCAUAUUCUGAGUAUCAUAGAGAAGUGUUUUUUUUUU